GUUCCCGUUCUAUAGCCCUCUCCAUCUGUUUCUUCGCUUUAAGCAGCUUUGGGAAAUUGGUUAGGGAGUUUACUUAAACGGCGAUAAUCAUGUCAUAUAUGGAGAAAUUGCUGUUACUUGUUGCCAGUUAACAGAGUCGAUUACAGCCAAAUGUAGGGAAACGUAAGGGAUCACAAUAAUCGUGCAAAAUCUAAUCGGAAAAGAAGGCGAAAAGCAGGACAGAUUUCGCUGUUCAAGGAACGCGAAACUCAUGUGUAUUUCACGUAACAAAACAAAAACUAUCGGCAAUCAACUACAGCCACAUCAUCUGACCUUGAGAGAGAGAGAAAAAAAAAGAAAAACCGCAAUCAUGUCCCCACUGCCUAUUAUUUGUCUCUUCUGAUAACAAGUUCGUUAUAUCCUACACAGUUUCCUCUCCACUCGCUACAGUUCGGUUUUAAUUGUUCUCUAUGAAUGCUGACAAUUAAAAAUAUCGGCCCGAAUUCGUACAAAACAAAUAGUUGGCACACUGAUUUUUGAAAACUACGAUUUGUGAAAAUUAUGAUCCACGAAAAUUAUAAUAAUUUUCUUUGCGAUUGCACCAUAAAUGCACAUUUUGCCAUCUGGCAGUGCUAAAUCAAUGGAAUAUGCAUAAAUUUUCAUCAAAUUAUGUGAUUUGAGAAAUAUGAUAAUGUCUCAUGUAUGAGAAAAAGAUUGGUAUAAGAAAAAAAGAAGUGGAAAAAUCUUGAAAAUUCUUAUGAUACCUUUUUAAUUUAUACUUUUUAUCAUAACAAUGGAAUUAUUGAAAUGAGAUGGAGGAUUAGUAGGAAAAGAUUUUGGUGGACCAUGCGCACUAUUAUAACAAUGAAAUCUUGACAAAAAAGGGACAUAUUUUUUAACAAACAAUAUGGCUUGUGAUGCUCUCAUUUGGGGGCUAUUGUUUGUAGGCUGCAGUGUACAGAUAUGGGCUAUAUCUGAAGACGAUCUAUUAGAAUAUAUGAGCAAGGAAGAAAAAGAAACUUUAAAGGAAGAAGCAAGGGAUAUGUUCUAUCACGCAUACAAUGCUUAUAUGGACAAUGCGUAUCCUGCUGAUGAAUUGAUGCCAUUAAGUUGUAAAGGACGAUAUAGAGGCUCGGAACCAAACAGGGGUGAUAUAGAUUCUACAUUGGGAAAUUUUUCACUUACUUUGGUGGAUACACUAGAUACAUUAGUGGUAUUGGGAGAUUUAGAAGAAUUUGAGAAUGCAGUCAAACUUGUUACUAGAGAUGUAAGCUUUGAUACAGAUAUUAUUGUUUCUCUGUUUGAAACAAAUAUUAGAAUGCUCGGAGGUCUUCUCAGUAGUCACAUAUUAGCUGAAUAUCUGCAACAGAGGGCUGAUAUAAUGCCAUGGUAUAGAGGAGAACUUUUGGAUUUAGCUAAAGAUUUAGGAUAUAGAUUUUUACCUGCAUUUAACACAACUACUGGAAUACCUUAUGGCAGAAUAAAUUUAAGACAUGGUAUGAAAGGAGUUCCUAUGGAAGUAUCAAAGGAGACUUGCACUGCUUGUGCAGGUAGUAUGAUAUUAGAAAUGGCUGCUUUAUCUCGGUUAACGGGCGAACCAAUAUUCGAGGAAAAAGCGCAAAAAGCUAUGGAUGUUUUGUGGCGAAUGAGACAUCGUGGUACAGAUUUGAUGGGAUCUGUGCUAAAUGUAAAUUCUGGAGAUUGGGUACGAAGAGAUUCUGGUGUUGGUGCUGGCAUAGAUUCUUAUUACGAAUACUGUUUGAAGGCAUACAUUUUACUUGGUGAUGAAAAAUAUUUAGGUCGUUUCAACAGACAUUAUCAAGCUGUAAUGAAAUAUGUUAGUCAAGGACCUAUGUUGUUAGACGUGCACAUGCACAGACCGAACACCAACUCUAAGAAUUUUAUGGAUGCUUUAUUGGCCUUUUGGCCAGGUCUACAGGUUCUUAAAGGCGACAUCAAACCUGCUGUAGAAACGCACGAGAUGCUGUACCAAGUUAUGCAAAGACAUAACUUUAUACCAGAAGCAUUUACUACUGAUUUUCAGGUACAUUGGGGACAUCAUCCGCUGAGACCAGAAUUCUUAGAGUCAACAUACUUUCUAUAUCGAGCUACAGGCGAUCAUUAUUAUUUAAAAGUCGGACGUAAAGUACUCAAAAGUCUGCAAACAUAUGCAAGGGUAUCAUGUGGUUAUGCAGCUGUAUCGGAUGUUAGAACCAACAAACACGAUGAUACAAUGGAUAGCUUUGUAUUGUCGGAGACAUUUAAAUAUUUAUUCUUACUAUUUGCGGAACCAGGAGAAUUGGUUUUAGACUUGGAUGAAUUCAUUUUUACUACUGAAGGUCAUUUACUGCCACUCACGCUUGCUUCUAUAAGAACGAAUAUUUCAUCUCAGGAUUUUGAACGUGAUAUCGUACAUGUGGACGAAUUUGAUCGCACUUGUCCAAAUAGUUUACAUUUAUUUCCUGCAUCAGUGAGGCAGCCUUUGAGAAAUAUGGUCGAGGAUGUUUGCCCAAGACGAUCGAUUAAAAGACGAUUGAGUGCAUCGCAAUUUCAAGCAAAUAACUUGGAACAUUUGAAAAUAUUGAGUGAUAUGGGAAUAACGACUCUAACACUAGCGGAUGGGCGGGUUCAGCUUUUGCAUACAUUUUCUAAUGCGAAGUCAACACAAGAUUCAGAGGAAGGACUAUUAUUCAUGCAAGAAAUGGUCGAAUUGAGUAAAAUACAAAUGCAACAACCGGAAACUAAACCACAAACAGUAAUGUUCAUAAAACCUAAUUCAGAUCCAUUGGAGAAAGUUACACUACUAGCUGGGCCAGCGCAAUUUGGACCUGAAUUACAGAAUUUCGAUAAGAUUACCGGAAAAGUGAUAUUUACAUAUCCACCUGCAGCUUGCACCGAUCUGCAAAAUGUAGACAGAUUGGCAGGCAAAAUAGUGAUCGUGAAUCGCGGACAGUGCAUGUUCAUAGAAAAAGCGCGCAGAAUUCAAAAAGCCGGUGCACUCGCUGGAAUAGUAUUGGAUAAUAUUGCCGGUUCAAGCGCAGCAACUUCGCCAAUGUUUGCAAUGUCUGGCGAUGGAAAGGAGAUAGAUGACGUCACAAUACCUGUUGUAUUUCUCUUCUUCACGGAAGCAGCCGAGUUAAUGAAAGCUAUUAAUGCGGCGAAUGGCGAUCUUACUGUCACGCUUGGGAUGUAUUCUUCAAAAGAAGAAAUUCAACUUAAAGCGCCUACUGAUUUAUCACUAUUUGAACGUCUAAAAGGAUCAUUAAAAUCAAUUCUCAGCCGACAUGUGACUUCACAGCCAACAACUGUUGGAUCCAGUUUGGAUAUAACGGUUCCUUUCAUUGAAUCACAAGAAGAUCAAGAGGAUUCGAUUGAUUUUCAUUAUUUUCAUGCAGAAAUCAUCAAAGAUUCGCUCGGUGGUGAAGUCAGAGUUACCGCCGCGUCUGAAGCUGCAAUUAUCAUUUUAAGACCAGUUUCUACAUCGAUAGAAAUUUUAUGGCAUCAGUUGAAGGAAGUGUUUGUGAAUCAAAUAUUUUUCAAUAGUAAACAAAAUAAAGGUAUAAGAAUCCGUAGUUUUAUUUUAGAGAGUUAUUACAAUUGGAUAAACAGAGCGCGAAGUGGAGUACUUACGAAAACAUCAUUAUCUUACAAAGUCCGAUGGUUUUUAAGCGAACUAUUAGUAGUUUCACCAAACUCAUCUAUCAAAAAGAUCGGACAACUAUUGGAAUUAAACAAGCAGAAGUUGUUGAAACAAUAUUUACUUACAAAUAUGGAUACUAUGGUGUUGAAUUUAAAAACGGUAGCUACAAAAUUGAAGAGUAUAAAAUCAGCGAGACCUAAAAUGGAGCAAUUAUUAAAAAUUUCAGAAUCCGCUAUUACACAUGUUGAAAAUUACUCGUUCUUGCGUCAUUUAUUAGUUGAUUUGUUCGACGAAGAAGAUGAGAUCAUUAAUCAACAUAUUGCCCUAUUGGAUCGUAAUCAUGGAGAGGUGCAUAGUGUAUAUCAAGAAAUAUUAAUUGAUGGAGUACAAAGGCAUCUGGAGAAAUUGGGAGAAGAAGAUAAUUCAUAUUAUGAUAUAUUAAUUGCUGAUCUACAAAAGAACUUGAAAAAUGUAGAUAAAGACGAAAAUUUAUUUGGAAAAAAUAAAGAAAGCGAUUUAGCAGUAGCGGAAUUUAUAAAUGAUAGUAAUGGAGAUAAAGAAGAAAUUGAAUCUAAAAAUAUCAACAUUUUGAAGAAAAAUAAGAAAUCAAGUACUGAGAAAAUAGAGGAUUUUGAAUAUUUCAUAUUGACAGAAAUAGAGAAAGUUAUGAAAUAUUCUGAGCAAAAUAUUUUAGAAAAAUAUGAAGAUGUAAAUAGCGAAUCAAAAAGUGCUGUUAUACAAGAUAAGAGAAAUAAAGAUGCCAUUAAAUCUGAUAGUAUUCUGCACUCUUCUAAAAAUCAAAGCGAAAGCGAUGAUGGAAAUAAUAAAGUUCAAAGUUCACUUGAAAAACAACAAGACUUGCAAACAACAAAAACCAUAGAUGUGAAAUUUGAAAAACCAACUGUCAAGAAAAAGUAUGAAAAAAAAUCUGUCAACUCUAUAUCCAGUACUAACAAGAACCAUGUUUCUGAUAUAUCCACAACUGCAGAUACCAAUGUAGGGACAAAUUCUCUCAACAAUAGACGUAAUUCAUUGCAAAGAAUACAGAAUGAUUUGAUUGCAAAUAAAAUUAUAUUUACUGAUCCAUUGGAAGAAUUUAAAAAACUUAUAUGGGCUACUAACAAGGGAAAAGUGUUUCAUAAAAAGUCACAGAUUUCAAAUAUACGAUAUAAUACUAUAAAAUUAAAUGAACUCAAGUAUGGGAAAAAAUAUAUGAGCAAAAACAAAGCUGAAGAAACUAAACCAAAAUUAUAUAUAGCUAAACAUAUCGACGAAUUAUAACAAUAGCUUUUAAGAUUUAGGCUAAAAAUUAUAGUUAUUAUAUGAUGACAGAAAAUAAAUUUCCAACGGCCAUAAGGCUAUCUGCAUAA